UGGAAAAAACCCAAUUACAUUUUAAAAUACCCAUAAAAUCCCAAUUUCUGGGGUGGAUUCUUUUUCCAAAUUUUCCUUGUGUUGCUUUUCAAUCAAUGCAUAAGAUCUGAUUGAAGGGAUAUAGGCAAGUAGGUAAGCAGGAAUUGGUAUAUGUGAUUGAGAGAUAUGGCAGAAAAUCAUGAUUCAGAGGAGGAGUAUAGAGAAGGGUCUGCAGCUGCUGAAGUUGGAGACUCAAAUCAUUCUAUUCCUGUGGAAUACACUUCGGACUCAGCUGGGAAUGACCAGAUGGAUGGUUCACAACCCAUUCAAGAUGCAUUAAAUGAUGGAAAGGUAACUGAAGAUGGGGGAAGGGAGGACAUGUUUGUUGAUUGCUCAGAGGAGAUAGAAAUUUCAGAAACCCAGACAAAUUCAGAGGAAAAAGAUAAUGUACGGGACGACCGAACAGAGGAAUUGCAUGGUACAACACAAGUUGAAGACUUGCUUGCUGAAAUAGCAGACUUGCGACAUAAACUCGAAAAAACUGUUUCAGAAAAACAGAGCUUUGCACAGAAAUAUGAGGAAGAAAGAGAAAAUUUAAAGGGAGAACUUGGUUACCUUCAUUAUCAACUCAAGUCUCUGAAUGAUCAGAAUCCAUUCCUUGAGAAGGUGUCUGUAGCGCACCCUGAUCAUCAUGAUAGACCAGGGUUAGGAGAUAGGGAUGAGAUGAGUCUGGCCUCUGAUGCCUCACUGCAUCAGAUCGUGACUGAAUGCUCAGAGUUUCUUAACAGUGCCAUGGGUCUCUAUUCUCAGACUGAAAAUUCCAUCAAAGAACUCCAUGCUUCCUUACAAAUGAAGGAUUCUGAAAUUGAGGAUCUUAAUUCAAAGAUUACAGAGUUCACCAUUUCGCGCGAGGUGACAGUUUUGUACUUAAAUUCAGUGCAAGAAGCUGGUUGUCGGACAUCUGAAGCACAGGUUGAGAGAGAACACAUGAUUCAGGAGAUUGCAAAUAGAAUUUUAGCUUCCCUUCCUGUGUCAGUUUCCCAAGUAGGAGGAUUCUUGGAUGACUCUGCUGGGGAGAAAUUUUCUCAUAUUGAGAAAAGCAUCUCACUUUUAAUUGAAAAACAUAAUCAAUUUCUUUCAGGAAUUGACAGACUUAAACUGUGUUUGAGUGACACGACACCAGAUACUCAUAUGGAGGAUGAAGUAGGAGUAUUCAUGAGUGCAUGUGUUAAGCUGCAUGAACUUAAAAUGAAAGAAGUGGAUUUGGAAGAAAAAGUAAUCCAUUUCCAAAAUGAAAAUGCAAAGUUGGUAGAACAACUUGAUAAGGACAAAGCAGUCAUUGAGAGUGCAAAUGCAGAAAUUGGAAAACUUAAUGUGGAAAUUGAGCAGGAGAAGACAAGGUAUGCUAACACUAAAGAGAAGCUUAGCUUGGCUGUGACAAAGGGAAAGGCUCUGGUGCAGCAGCGAGAUUCACUGAAACAAGCGCUAGCAGACAAAACAAGUGAACUUGAGAAAUGUUUGAUUGAACUGCAAGAGAAGUCAAAUGCACUGGGCUUUGCAGAACAGAGUAAGGACUUGUUGAUAAAAAGUGAAAGUAUGGCCAUUCACCUACAGGAGUCUCUUGCUCAAAAGGAUUCAGUGCUUCAAAAAUGUGGGGAAAUUUUAUCACAUGCUGCUGGAGCUGAUGAUAUUCAGUCUUUUGACUUAGUUGAAAAACUCAGAUGGAUUGUAGAUGAGAGGAAUGCACUCAAGGGUGUGACCAUAGAGUUCCAAAAUGUAUCAGAUGCCUUAUCGUCAAUUAAUUUUCCUGAAAACUUGUUAGCAAAUGAUAUGGAAACUAGGCUCAAAUGGCUUGUAGAGUCAUUCUCUACAGCCAAAGAAGAAGCCAUGAAGUUGCAAGAAGAGAUAGCUGAAAUAAGAGUAGCCUCAAGCAAAGAGGUUGAUCGCCUAGUUCAAUCAGUUUUGGCAGAAACACAAGAAAAGAGUUACCUGCAGGAGGAAUUGGAGGACUUGAGAAGCAAAUACGACGGGGUAUUCAAAAAAGAGCAUCAAGUUGCAUGUGAAAGGGAUCAAAUGGUUAGUAUGCUGCUUGAGGCUUCUGGGAUGACAAAUUCUCUGGAAAAGGUUAAUAUUUCACAGCGUGAUAUAGCCAAGAUGAUAGCAAAGAUCAAAGAAGAAGGUGAGGCAUCUGUUGAAUCUUCAUAUAGUCAAGUAAAAAUCUUAGAAAGACUUCAGAGCCUUCUCUACGUUAGGACUCAGGAGGUGAUGCUAUAUGAGCAUCUAUUGGAGGAAGAAAUGCUUAAUAGCGCACAAAUGAAGCAGGUUUCAGAAAAGUUGCGUGUUGUGACUCAAGAACUUCAUGCACUGAAAGAUGAGAAGGUGUCUUUAGAGAAGGAGCUUAUAAGAGCUGAGGAAAAAGCUGCUUUAAUAAGGGAAAAGUUAUCUAUGGCAGUUAAAAAGGGCAAGGGUCUUGUUCAAGAAAGAGAGAAUUUGAGAAGACUUUUGGAUGAGAAGAAUACUAAAGUAGAGAGGUUAACAUCUGAGUUGCAAGAUCUAAUUUCUGCAUGCAGUGACUGCAGGGAUCAGAUUAAUAAGCUAGAAGCUGAUAUGGAUUGCAUUCCGAAGUUGGAAACUGAUCUUGUUGCUACUAAGGAACAAAGGAAUCAACUUGAGCAGUUCUUGGUGGAGAGUAACAACAUGUUGCAGAAAGUCAUAGAGUCUAUUGAUAGCAUUGACCACCCUUCUAAUUUAGUUUUUAAAGAGCCAGUUGAGAAGGUACAAUGGCUUUCAGGAUACUUGAACGAAUGCCAAAAUUCACAAGAAGAGUUGGAGAAACUGAAAGAAGAAACCAUCACUUUAAUAAGCAAGUUGGUGGAAGCUGAGACAUCCAUGAAGUCACUCGAGGAUGCUUUGUUAGAUGCACAAAACAGUAUCUCGCAGGUCCUUGAAGAAAAGAGAGAACUAGAAGUUUCUAAAAUUCAAAGUGAGGAGGAAUUGCAGAAAUCUCUGAUGGAAGCUGCUUCCCAAAAGAGUAAAUUUGCAGAGGUUUCUGCUACUAUAAGAUCAUUUGAAGAUGCUUUGACAGUGGCCGAGGAUAAUAUCUCUAACCUUGCAAAGGAAAAAGAAGACGCUCUGGUUAGUAGAGCAGCCAUAGAAAUGGAACUUCAGAAAUUGAAGGAGGAGAAUUCCAUCCAGGCUAGCCGGCUUACUGAUGCUGAAGUUACCAUACAAUCCCUAGAAGAUGCAUUAUCUGAAGCACAGAAAAAUUUAUCAGUGCUUGCCGAGGAAAAUAAUAAGACACAAAUUGGAAGAAGUGAUUUGGAGGAGGAUAUGAAGAAGCUGAAAGCUGAAGCUGAUUCACAGGCUAACAAACUUGCUGAUGCUGCAAUGACUAUAAAGUCACUGGAUGAUGCAAGAUUGGGUGCAGAAAAUAAAAUAUCCGAUCUCGUUAAAGAGAACAAAAAUGCAGAACAUGAGAUUUCGGCCCUUAACUCCAAGUUACAGGCUUGUUUGCAGGAGUUGGAGGGAUCCCAUGGCGGCAUUGCAAAUAGUUCUAGGGAAAUCUCUGGUUAUCUUACCAGUAUUCAGAUGAUUCUAAGGGAUGAUAGUUUGUUAUCUUUACUGAAAAAGAGUUUUGAGGACAAAAUUGAGAGCCUAGGGGAUAUGAAUAAUAUCCUUAAAGAAAUGAGGGAUUGCUUCUUCGAUAUGAUUGGUCCUGACAUGCUACAAAGUUGCCCUGUCAUGGAGGAUGAUUAUUCUGUCUCGACUCUUUCACCAGAUGGCCUUGACAAUGCUUUGGAGAUGGAAAUGGUUAAUGUACAGCUAAAUGCAGUAGAUGAUGAGAAUGUUACUUUGAAUUUUGAGAAAACUCUUGAAGGAUUGCGUUUAAGAGAUAAGAAUCUUGCUGAGAAAAUUGGUAGCUGCUCCGGGAUUUUGGAUGACUUCAUUUUGGCUCUUUUGAAAAGAUUGCAGGUAGCCAAGGAUGGUGUAAUUGUUGCACGCGAGCUCGUUAGAUCUUUGAAGCAAAGAGCGAAUGAUGUUGAAAUGGAUAGGCAAGCACAAGAGAACACAGUGGCCAUGUUAGAAAGUGAUAUGGAAAUUCUUCUGUCUGCCUGUACUAAGGCUACUGAAGAGUUGGAGCUAGAAGUUGAAAAUAACUUAUCGGAACUAAGUUCUGUCUCUAUACUGGAAAAUUCUUCCACAGAACUUGAAGCAUUUGGUCAAGAUGCACUAAUUGACCAUGACCUAAAGAGUGAAGGCAACAAGUAUGUACAUAUAGCUGAGAAGCUGUUGCUUGCUACUAGACAUUGUCGAAAUUUUAAUAAGCAUUUUCAUGGUAUGAAACAUAUGAUGGUUUCUACAGUUGAAGACUUGCAGAAUCAAUUGAUUGAAACCAAGACAACAUGUGGGAGCCUUUUAGAAGAAAGGGAUCUAAACCAAAAGAAAAUCUCUAAGCUAGAGACUGAUUUAGAAGUAGCAGAAAACUUGUGUAGAGAAAUGAAGCUUAAGAUAGAGGAUCAUGAGGCUAGACAGCCUAUGUUGAAGGAGAGAGAAACGGAACUUUUAGUAGCGCAUUCAACUUCACCAAAAAAUGUUCAUGAGGCUCAAGAGUUUUCCUUGUCAGCAUCUCAAAUCAAAUCCCUCUUUAACAAGAUGAGUGCUAUUGGCAUCUCACUCCCUGAGUCUGAAGUUGAAGACUUGGAGACCACUUAUUCUACUGAUGUACAAAAGCUCUUUUACAUUAUUGAUAAUUUUAAUGGAUUAAAGGACAAGAUAAACUCAGAGGCACAAGAAAAAGAAAAUCUGCAGUCAAUGCUUGAAAAGCAAGUUACUGCUGUUGAGCAUCUAAAUGAAGAAGUUAAAGGUUAUGUUAGAGAGAAGCAAGAAUCUGAAAGGAUGAGGAAUGAGCUUGCCCUGGGUUUGGAGAGUAUUAUUCAGAAAUUGGGAGGUGAUAAGUUGGUUGGCGGUGAGAAAAUAGCUCAUGUGACCGGAUUACUGUCAGCACUAGAUAUGAUGGUCAUGGCUACAAAGGCCGAGUCAGAAAAUCUAAAGUCAAAAACGGAUGAACUGAGUACCAAAUUGCUUAGUACGGAAAAGUUUGUGGAUGAAUUGUCCAGCAAGGUGAAGUUACUGGAAGGUUCUAGUCAUGGUGGGGUGGCUUUCCCAGAGACUAUCAAGGAGAAAGGCAUUUCAGAACUGUCUUCCUCUAAUUCUCAGCCAGAAAUAUCAGAAAUCCAGGAGCUGGGGCAAGGUAAAAAUGUGGCUGUAUCAUCUGUCCCAUCAGCUGCUCAUGUGCGAACAUUACGAAAGGGCUCAAGCGAUCACCUUGCAAUCAGUAUAGAUCCUGAAUCUGAAAGAUUGGCAAACAAUGAACAAGCUGAUGAAGAUAAAGGCCAUGUGUUCAAGUCGCUUAAUACAUCAGGUCUCAUUCCUAGACAAGGGAAGAUGAUUGGAGAUAGAAUUGAUGGAAUUUGGGUGUCUGGUGGUAGAGCUUUAAUGAGUCAUCCGAGGGCGAGGCUAGGUCUUAUUGCUUAUUGGCUCUUGUUGCAUAUUUGGUUACUGGGCUCAAUUUUGUAGCGCUACUUGGGAUGAAUCCUCAAACGACAUAUUCUGUUGACCUGUAAAGUAGAUAUGAAUCAUUUACAGUGUUCCUCCCAUUUAUAGUACACUUAAGAUGCAAAUGUACAUAGCAAUAUUCCCAUUUGGAUUCUCUGCAAUCACAUUUUUAGGUAUUCAGAGGAUCCAAGUCCCAUUAUUUUUCACCUUGUUUAGACGUAGCUGUUCAUUACCAUAAGGUCGUUGUAAAAGGUGCCUUUUGGGGGAUUACUUGUGUUGUUUUUU